CAUUUGACUUGCAAUGGUGUUCUUAAAUUUUCGUUGUAUUUUAUACGGUAAAGUUAUUCCUCCCCGAGCUCAUAAAGGUAUUUACAAUGGAAAAGGUCUAAUGUUUGGAAAUAAACCAACAUUUUCAGAGAAGAAGACGAAGAAAGUAUGGAAACCAAAUGUUCAACGCAAGACAUAUUACAGUGAAAUACUGGAAGAAAAAGUAAAAUAUGAGAUGACAACUUCAGCCAUGAGAGCAAUAGAUAGAGCUGGAGGAUUUGAUAACUAUAUCUUAAAAACUUCAAAUAGGAGCUUGGUUUCUAAAGCUGCUAUUGAUUUGAAGAAGCAAAUGUUAACAGUUCUUGAAAUGAAAGGACGAGGGGAGAACAUUGAAGAUAUUAGAAAGAAAUUGGUGCCACCACCUAAAAUAUCAAAACAUCAGCAUGUGCCAGAGAAAUAUACUAACAGAUUCUAUUUUGAAUGGAAAGGCAGAAAACAUGUUAUUUAUUGUUAACUUUCUCAAUGUUAAGAACUGUACUGUUAUUUUAAAUCCAUAAUCUGUCAAUAAAAUUUAUAAUCUUGAAGAUGCAAAUUCAAGUCCUGCUCAAGACAACAAAUAUU